AUGCCUCCUGCUGUGGUUGACAAGGAGGCCAAGGAGGCCUUAGCGAAGGAUGCGCUUGAGAAGUUUCUGAAGAUUGGCCUGGACGAAAAGACCGCUCAGAAUGCCGUCGCGAACGCCAAGGUCACCGCGAACCUCGUCGAAGUGAUCAAAGAGGCAGCUCUCGAAGACGGGUGCGACAAGGCCAUUGGCAACUUACUCUACACGGUUGCCACCAAGUUCCCUGCCAAUGCGCGCGUGCACCGCCCCACGCUGCUGUCCUAUGUCACUUCCCAGAAGAUCAAGACGGUGCCUCAGCUGGAGGGAGCUAACGCAUAUCUGGCAACUGUGGGUCAGGAGCCUCUCAACACCGCUGAGCUGGAGGCAAAGAGUGGAGUAGGCGUGGAGGUAUCAGUGGAGGACAUAAAGGCAGCAGUCACUGAGGCUGUGACGGCGGUCAAAGAGAAGCUGGUGGAGGAGCGAUACCGCUUCAACGUGGGUCUCAUUCUCGCCAAGGUUCGAGGGCUGCAGCCAUGGGCGGAUGGCAAGCUGGCCAAGGAGGAGGUGGAUGCACAGGUGUUGGCGGUGCUGGGGCCAAAGACAGAGGCGGACGAGGCCAAACCCGCCAAGAAGAAGAAGGAGAAGAAACCCAAGGGGGACGACUCCGCCGGGGGAGAGGCAGGCGACAAAGCAGCAGGCACAGCAGGAGCAGCGGGGGCAGCGGGAGCAGCAGGGUUGGCAGUGGGGGUGGAUGGAGCGGAGGAGUCAGACCCGUAUGCUAUCUUCCCCAACCCGCAGGAUAACAACAAGGUGCACACGGAGAUCUUCUUCAGUGACAGCACCACAUGGCGCCCCAAGAACAGCCGCGAGGCCCUCGAGAAGCAUCUGGCAGUGACGGGGGGAAAGGUGUGGUCGCGCUUUCCUCCCGAGCCCAACGGCUAUCUGCACAUCGGGCAUGCCAAGGCCAUGUAUGUGGACUUUGGCCUUGCUAAGGAGAGAAACGGCAACUGCUACCUGCGGUAUGAUGACACCAACCCAGAGGCGGAGAAGCAGGAGUACAUCGAUCACAUUGAGGAGAUAGUUUCUUGGCUGGGGUGGAAACCGUUCAAGAUCACCUACAGCAGCGACUACUUCCAGGAGCUCUACGACCUGGCAGUGCAGCUCAUCAAAUCCGGCCAUGCAUACGUGGACCACCAGACAGCUGAGGAAAUCAAGCAGUACCGCGAGAAGCACCUGGAGAGCCCGUGGAGAAACAGGCCUGUGGAGGAGUCGCUCAAGCUGUUUGAGGACAUGAGGAGAGGGUUGGUGGAGGAAGGGGCGGCUACGCUGAGGAUGAAGCAGGAUAUGAGAAACGAGAACCCCAACAUGUGGGACCUCAUUGCUUAUCGCAUCAAGUUCACCUCACACCCACACGUGGGAGACAAGUGGUGCAUCUACCCCAGCUACGACUACACGCACUGCAUCAUCGACUCACUCGAGAACAUCACACACUCUCUGUGCACGUUGGAGUUUGAGACGCGGAGGGCAUCCUACUACUGGCUGCUGGAGGCGUUGGGUCUGUACCAUCCGUACGUGUGGGAGUAUGCGCGCCUUAACAUCACCCACACCAUGCUUUCCAAACGGAAGCUGAACCGGCUGGUGACGGAUCAUCAUGUGAACGGGUGGGACGACCCACGACUCAUGACGCUGUCAGGGCUGCGGAGGAGGGGCGCCCACCCCGCUGCCAUCAACGCAUUCUGCCGAGCCGUGGGCAUCACGAGAAAUGAGAAUGUGAUCCGAGUGGAGCUGCUAGAGCACUUCAUGCGCGACCAUCUGAACCGCAAUGCACCGCGCUCGCUCGUGGUGCUGAAGCCACUGAAGGUGGUGAUUACAAACGUGGGGGAGAAGGAGGUGGAGAUGGUGGAGGGUAAGCGAUGGCCCGACGCUAAGGAGGGAGACCCAGAGGCAACAUACAAGCUGCCCUUCUCCCGAGUGGUCUACAUAGAGCAGUCUGACUUCCGAGUGAAGGACAGCAAGGACUAUUACGGUCUCGCACCCAACAAAUCUGUCAUGCUCAGGUACGCGUACCCUAUAAAGUGUACCGAGGUCAUCUAUGCGGAGGAUGGCAUGACUGUGAAGGAGCUGAGGGCGGAGUGUGACCGGGCCAAGAGCACCAAACCCAAGGGUGUGAUCCAUUGGGUGGCAGAGCCCCAGCCCGGCCAAGCCCCCCUUACAGUCACAAUUCGCCUAAUCAACAAGCUCUUCCUCUCCGAGAACCCGAACGAGCUGGAGGACUGGCUGGGGGACCUGAACCCCGAGUCCAUGGAGGAGAUUCAGGGGGCGCUGGCAGAGCCGUCGCUGGCAGGGAAGCCUGCUGGCAGCACCUUCCAGUUCGAGAGGCUUGGCUAUUUCUGCGUCGACACUGAUUCCACGGACACUAGCCUGGUCUUUAAUCGCACUGUUACACUGAAGGAGUCGUACCCCAAGUUUGGGGCAAAAUAA